CCCAUGAACGCCUGCUUCAUUCCACUUUUGAUACUAACAACGUUCAUCGUCAACAUUCUCGUCUGCCUCGUUUUGCUCAAGCCACAAAUGCGUUCGACGACCAACACCAUCCUGACGACAAUGGCCAUUGCAGACACGUUGACAGGAUUGUCGCCCAUCCCCUGCUACCUCCACUUCUACACAGCUGGCCACUACAAAGAUUGGGUCCCUUACGAUUGGUGCUACUUAUACUUCUGCCUCAUUGAUUUUCUUCCAAGCAUUUUUCAUACAACUUCAAUCUGGCUGACCGUCGCUUUGGCCGUUCAACGCUACAUCAGCGUCUGCCACACAUCAGUCGCUAGGGGACUUUGUAACAGCAGAAACGCGUGCAUCGCUGCGUGCUGUCUCUUUGGAGUUGCAACGUUGUCACACAUUGGCAGGUUCUUUGAAAUGGAUUACACCCCGUACGAGAUCGAAUCAAGGAUAGGUAAUGUUAAAUAUGAUGGAAAGAGGGAAGGUCAUCUUGCUGAGUACACCUACUUCACCAUUUAUUACUUUUACCGCAUACUCUUCAUACACUUCAUUCCCUGUCUGACGCUCAUCAUCAUCAACGGCCUGCUGUUGAGGACCAUGAGGGAUGGGCAAUCCCGCAGGACCAAGCUGCUUAAGAUGAACAGACUGAGCGAAUCCAGGAGACUGGCUGAAAUGAACAGAACCACGUUGAUGUUGAUGGUCGUUGUUGCGUUGUUUUUAAUCGUAGAGUUUCCAAGUUGUAUGCUCUUCGUCAUACUGGUCAUUAAAAAUUCACUGAACUUUCAGCAACUCAUCAGUGAAAGUAGUGCCGAAAUCGCCACAACUGUUGUCAACCUGUGCAUCCUGCUCAGUUACCCGAUGAAUUUUUUCAUCUAUUGCGCUAUGAGCAAUCAAUUCAGAGAAGAAUUUGUUCAACUGUUCGUCAGACGG